AUGAGCAGGGAGAACGACACAUACAACUGCAUUGGACUUUUCAUGGAGUCAAAUCGAAUCAACGUGUUUCUGAAAGUGUUUGAAAAAAAAAUGGCUUAUAUGAAGAGAGAGCAUGCCUUUUGGGCGUCUGUGUGUCUGUUGCUUCUGGGUGUCCCCCAGCUUCUUAACGCUCUGCCUGAUGAAGAGGCUGAUGCAAAAAUCACGGAUUCCGAGUUUCUCCCAGUGAAGCCGCUGCAUUCAUUUUGUGCAAUGAAGGCAGAGGAUGGGCCAUGCAGAGCCAUGAUAAGGAGUUAUUUCUUCAAUAUUUUUACUGGACAGUGUGAAAAGUUUGUGUACGGCGGAUGUGGAGGGAACAAAAAUCGCUUCCGUACUCUGGAAGAGUGUAAGAAAACGUGCACAGAAGAUAAUGAAAAUAUUUAUUUUUGACAUACCUUGCAAUUUCUAGAAAAGCCAGAUUUCUGCUUCUUGGAACACGAUACCGGAAUCUGCCGAGGCUUUUUUUCUAGGUAUUUUUAUAACAACGAGUCAAAGCAGUGUGAGGUAUUCGUGUAUGGAGGGUGCCUGGGCAACAGGAACAACUUUCAGACUGUGGACGAAUGCAGGAAGACCUGCGUGGACACGCCGAACGAGCUACAGAAGGAUGUCCCCACAGCUGAUCUCAAUACUGCAAAUAACACUGUGACUCUCCAAUCUACCAGAGUGCCCAGCCAUUGGGAAUAUCAUGGCCCUUCAUGGUGUCUUGAGCCAGUAGACAGUGGAUUGUGUCGAGCCAAUGAAACAAGAUUCUACUACGAUUCAGUCACUUGGAAAUGUCGCCAGUUUAAGUACACUGGAUGUGGGGGAAAUAAUAAUAAUUUUACUACUCUAAGAGACUGUGUUAGAGCAUGUAAAAAAGGUAUGAAAGAUAUGCUUCCCAUUAAAGUACUAAUAUUUGAAAUGAUGAUUAUGUUGAAAUUAUGAAAUACUUAAUCAAAU